AUGUCAACAUCAAUGCUGAUAAUGAUAAAAAUAAUGCUAAUGAUAACAAAGCUAAAAUAAUAUUAUUGCAAAUCAUAAUAAUGCUAUAUCAAUGUUAAUAAUUUGUUACAAAUGCUAACAUCAAUGCUAAUGCUCACAUAAUGCUAGUAUCAGUGCUAAUAAAAAUGCUAAAAAUAAUGCUAACGCUAACAAUAAUGGCCAGAAUGACGCCAAAAAGUAUGCUAAUAUUGAGGCUAAUGCUUUGCCUUGUCGCUAAUUAUUGAUAGCUGGUGGACAUAUGACAAUCUUUGCAAAUAUGUCCGAUCACGUCCUCAAGUUGAAUCUCCUUGUCAGUCUAGCGGGCGCGUGAACGCUUGACUUCCAAGAUGGCGGAGGUGAAUCAUCCACUUUACAUCCCCUGCCAGGCCGAGAGUCAGCCGUCGUAUCCGAGGAGCCGGGCUGCCGCCUCCAAUGAAAAAUGCAGCAGCUUCCGCACGCCGCCGGAGGGACGGGAAGAAGGCAAGAACCCACAAUAGCACCUAAAACCUAACAAUGCCUGCUUACUCUGGUUCCCCCGCUGAGGAACGUGUUGACUGCGUCCCCAAUCAGCGUCACCAUGAACGCUCCAACUUUGGAGUGAGAAGGUCAUGAAAGCUGGCGACGGCGAGAGGAUGAGGAAGAUGAGGAAGAUGAGGAAGGUGGACGAGCCUCCUCUCUCAGCUCGUGACGCACGCGAGCGCAUCCUCGCACGUGAACGCGCCUCAGCGGGCAGGAGCGCUUCUGUCUUUGCAGAGCCAGAGCGCCUGGUGGUCUUCAGGAGCUACCGGGGACCGGACUGCCCUGCCAGUGGGAAUGCUCCUCGGACCGCUGACUUUUUUGGGGGGGGCUCCAGCUGCGUAAAGACCGCACAUGCACCCUCCGGCGUGUGCGUGCACUGAGAACCAAGCAGGAACCGCAGAGGGAACCCGGGAGCUCCAACCAGGACGCCAGGAGGAGCCCGGCACGCGUGUGAUGCAGGACUGUUGAUGGAGAGCAUUUCGAAUGUCAGCCGGGACAGUGGUCAUCGCAGGAGGAAUUCUGGCCGCCGUCAUCCUACUGACCAUCGUGGCCGUGCUGUGCUUAUGUAGGUUGCAGUAUUACUGCUGCAAGAGGGAGGAGUCCGAGAAGGGGGAGGAGGAAGAACCGGAACUGUCCACCAUGUCGCCUUCCCACCCCCUGGCUCUGUCGGCUCCUCCGACGCCGCCGACCCCGGAGCGUUACAGCGACGAGACGGAGACGUACCCGCCCACCUUCCUCACCGAGGCCAACGGACCCGGCAGCUACUCGCCGCCGCCGCCGCCACCGCCGCUGCGCAGGUGUCACCGGUCGCACGCCUUCUGCCCGUCGUGCGCCCGCUGCACGCUGCCCUUCUACCUGCAGCACCCGGAGAGGCUGUGCAACGGCGGGCGGCGGGCGGGCUACCGCAGCGUGCACCAGGACCCGGAGGGGCCCUCGGACCUGGCCGGCUUCUACCACAAGCUGGACCUCAUCCGCUCGGCCGCCGCGCGGGAGACGGUCACGCGCAGUGUCAGCACCGACGUGUAGCGAGGCGCUCCGAGGCGCUCCGAGCCACCGGACGGCAGACAAGGUGACAAACGACACCGAGGGCUUGUAGGCGGGGCAAGGCUGCGGCCAUGUUGGAUACACUUUGUGUUCUUCUUGCUUCAUCCUCUAUCUCACCGAGCACAACCUUUUUGAUUUCUUCCUAUUCUUCCCACCACAAUUUCACUUUCUUUUUACUUCACUAAUCAUUUAUUCAAUUCGUUAAGUAUUCAAUACAUUUAAUUCAAUUAAUAUAUGAUACAUGAAUACAUCCAAUACAUAUUUGCCAAGAUAUCCACAAUAUACUGGUAAGCUUUUGGCGCAGUAUCAGUGAUAUCGCUGACAUGUUGGCAAUAUACUAUAAGUGAUAUCACUGAAAUGGUUUGAAGCCUUUGGGAAGAUAUCAAUGAUAUCACUAUAAUACAGUCUUACAAAGAUUACUGUAUCAACAAGACAUGACUGAUAUCACUGAUAUAGUCAUUAGAUUAGUGUAUCGACAUGCUCUCCGCUAGCUUCUGAUAGCUUGGUCAAAGUCUUACCAACACCUCAUUAAUAUUUCAGUGAUAUCAAUAAAAUAUUUGUACCAUUAGUGAUACGGUAUCACUGAAAUAUGACUAAGAUUUUGACAUAUCAGUAACAUUGCUGAAAUAUUUAUAACAUUUUGACACAAUAGCAGUGAUAUCACCAAAGUAUAAGCGAGACGUAAGAAAGAUUUUGACACGAUAUCAGUGAUAUCGCUGAAAUAGUAGUACGAUAUCAGUAACAAAAAUGACACGUAUCAGAAAUAUCACUGAAAUAUUAGUGAAAUAUCAGUAAGGUUUUUGAUGUGAUAUCACUGAACUGAAAUAGUUGUGAAAUAUUUGCAAAAAAUGACACGAUCAGUGACACCAUUGAAAUAUUACUAAUAUUUUGUCAUUGAAAUAUUAGUAAGAUGUCAGUCAAAUUUUAAAUGCUAUCAAUGAUAUCACUGAAAUAUUAGUAAGAUUUUGACAGGAUUUCAGCUGUAUCAUUGAAAUAUAAGUCACAUUUUGACAAGAGAUCACUGAUAUCACUGAAAUAUCAGUGGGAUAUCAGUAAAAUUUGCCACGAUAUCAAUGAUAUCACUGAAAUAGUAGUAAGAUUUUGACAGGAUUUCAGCGAUGUCAGUGAAAUAUUAGUGAGAUAUCAGUAAAAUUUUGACAUGGUAUCAGUGAUAUCACUGAAAUAGUGAGGUAUCAGUACAAUUGUGACACGAUAGCAGUGAUAUCACUGAAAUACGAGUGACAUAUUCAUGAGGUUUUGACAUAUCACUGAGAUAUUAGUAAGAUUUUGACAUGAUAUCAGUGAUAUCACUGAAAUAGUGAGCGAUCAAUUGUGACACGAUAUCAGUGAUAUCACUGAAAUACAAGUGAGAUAUUUGUGAGGUUUUGACAUGAUAUGAUAUCACUGAAAUAGAGAGAUAUCAGUACAAUUGUGACACGAUAUCAGUGAUAUCACUGCAGUAUGAGUAGGAUAUUCAUGAGAUUUUGAAUGAUAUCACUGAACUAGUGAGAUAUCAGU